CCCUCCCCCCCACCAGCCUCCACCUGCCACAGCCCCACCAGUGCUUCCAGAAGAGUCAUCCUCAGCGCUGGCAAGGUCUCUAGGGCCUGUUCUCUGCUCCAGGACCCUUGCCCCCGCCAGCCUCCCAUGCCGAGGUCCGCCUUGUCAGUCAUUUCCUUUUGUCACCGGCUUGGCAAACAGGAGAGAAAACGGAGCUUCAUGGGGAACAGCAGCAACAGUUGGUCCCAUACGCCGUUCCCCAAGCUGGAGCUGGGGCUGGGGUCCCGGCCCACGGCGCCCCGCGAGCCACCCGCCUGCUCUAUCUGCCUGGAGAGGCCACGUGAGCCCAUCUCGCUGGACUGUGGCCACGACUUCUGCCCGCGGUGCUUCAGCACCCACCGCGUGCCUGGCUGCGGGCCGCCCUGCUGCCCCGAGUGCCGCAAGACCUGCAAGCGGAGGAAGGGCCUGCGGGGCCUGGGGGAGAGGAUGAGGCUCCUGCCGCAGAGGCCGCUGCCCGCCGCCGCGCUGCAGGAGACCUGCGCCGUGCGGGCCGAGCCUCUGCUGCUGGUGCGGAUCAACGCCUCGGGGGGCCUCAUCCUGCGGAUGGGCGCCAUCAACCGCUGCCUGAAGCACCCGCUGGCCAGGGACACCCCCGUCUGCCUCCUCGCCGUCCUGGGAGGGCCACACUCAGGGAAGACCUUCCUCCUCAACCACCUGCUCCAGGGCCUGCCCGGCUUGGCGUCCGGCGAGGGCGGCUGGCCGAGGGGCGGGGGCUCCGGGCAGGGGUUCCGGUGGGGAGCCAACGGCCUCUCCAGGGGCAUCUGGAUGUGGAGCCACCCCUUCCUGCUGGGGAAGGAGGGGAGGAAGGUGGCCGUGUUCCUGGUGGACACGGGGGACGUCAUGAGCCCAGAGCUGAGCAAGGAAACGAGGACCCGGCUGUGCGCCCUCACCUCCAUGCUGAGCUCUUACCAGAUCCUCACAGCUUCCCAGGAGCUGAAGGACACAGACCUGGAGCACCUGGAGACGUUUGUCCACGUGGCCGAGGUGAUGGGCAGACACUAUGGCAUGGUGCCAAUCCAGCACCUGGACCUCUUAGUUCGUGACUCCUCCCACACCAGCAAGGCUUGGCAGGGUCACGUGGGCGACGUCAUCCAGAAAUCGUCCGGCAAGUACCCCAAGGUCCAGGGGCUGCUCCAAGGGAGGAGAGCCCGCUGCUACCUCCUGCCAGCUCCUGGGCGGCGGUGGGCGAGCCGAGGCCAUGGAAGCUCAGGCGACACAGAUGAUGAUGCUGGCCGCCUGCGCGCCUACGUGGCUGACGUGCUGAGUGCGGCCCCCCAGCACGCCAAGAGCCGCUGCCCGGGCUACUGGAGCGAGGGGCGCCCCGCGGCCCGGGGGGACCGACGCCUGCUCACAGGGCAGCAGCUGGCUCAGGAGGUCAAGAACCUCUCGGGCUGGAUGGGCAGGACGGGCCCCAGCUGCACCUCCCCGGAUGAGAUGGCCGCCCAGCUGCAUGACCUGCGGACGGUGGAAGCUGCCAAGAAGGAGUUUGAGGAGUAUGUGCGGCAGCAGGACGCAGCCACCAAGCGCAUUUUCUCUGCACUUCGGGUACUGCCGGACACCAUGCGGAACCUCCUGUCGGCCCAGAAGGACACGCUGCUGGCCCGACACGGGGCAACCUUGCUGUGCGCCGGGAGGGAGCAGACCUUAGAGGCCCUGGAGGCUGAGCUGCAGGCCGAGGCCAAGGCCUUCAUGGACUCCUACACCGUGCGCUUCUGUGGCCACCUGGCCGCUGUUGGCGGCGCAGUGGGCGCGGGGCUCAUGGGUCUGGCGGGGGGCGUGGUGGGCGCGGGCAUGGCUGCAGCGGCGCUGGCCGCAGAGGCUGGCAUGGUGGCUGCGGGAGCUGCGGUGGGGGCCACGGGGGCAGCUGUGGUCGGGGGAGGUGUUGGUGCCGGGCUGGCGGCCACAGUGGGCUGCAUGGAGAAGGAGGAAGACGAGAGGGUGCAGGAGGGGGACCGGGAGCCCCUGCUGCAGGAAGAGUGACCCCUGCCUGGAUGCUCCAGGGCUAGAUGCUGGGGGGAGGGGCGGACGUGGGAGAGGACUGGGGGUGCUGAUCCAAGGGCCCCCAUGUACCACACUGUCCUGGGUGAACCGCCCAUCCGGGUGGUGACAGAAUCACAGUCACCAAGAAACCGAGAGGGCUCAGGGCCGGGAGGGGCCUGAAGAAAGCCUUGGGCUGUUUCUGUCUCAGACAGUCCCAAACCUGCCUCUCGUCCUAGAUGAACAGGCCCAGGGUCUCCCACCAAGAGCGUGGCCCACCCUCUGCACCCUAGCUUCUUUCCUGGGACUGCAGCAGGGCUGGGCAGGCGCCAUUCUGAAGCCUCCCCUUCAGAGAUGGAAGCAGCCCCAGGAUGGGGGAUCCUGUUGAUCAGGAUCAGGAGCCCCGCAGAGGGGCUGAGAAUGGGACGAGUGCCCCGCCCCCAGGCAGCACACAGUGGCCUAACCCCAGAGCGGAGACUCCUCCCAAAGUUACCCCAGCAGGACGGGGGCCUCCCCUCCUCCAGCAGCCCUGGGGAGCCUGCACGUGCCCUGAGAGCGGGGCCCCUUAUGUGUCCCUCGUGGUCGUGCCCUUUGUCCAGCCCGGUCAGUGUCCAUGUUCUCUGUGGAAUGCCGUCCCAACAACGGGUCAGAGCCAAAGAAAAACACCAGUAGUUGCUGAAUUAUACCGACAGCCCUCAUCGCAGAUUCUAGGAAAGUCCCGGGGGGACAGGUCCAUGGACCACACCGCCCUCUGAAGCUGGGGGACACCCCUUGGGCCCGUUGGCAGGAGACCUGAAUGCAGCCCCAUGGCAAGCCCAAGGAGGAUGGGAGAGCUCCACGAAGAGCCUUCUAGGCUAUUAAACCGCGAAGGAUUAACGGGUGCAUCCUACGAAAAAUAAAACAUGUGUGCUUGA